AUGAUGUUCUUCGGUGGCCGCAAGAAAGAAAAGGAUGAACUGCCCGUUAUCGGCAGCAGCAAGAAGCCUCCAGUUCCACCAAAGCGAAAUAAGUUAUUCUCAACACAAAAAAGUGAAGAGGAUGCAACGGCAAACAAUCACGAGGCGCACUCGUUUCAACAGCUUUCGCAUAACGAAGUGCCGAUCAAAGUGCAGGCAAUCGCGGGAUACACUUCUAACAAUGGCCACAGCACACAAAGCUAUCGAGACGACACCUCUGCACAUUUGCGUUCAACUCAAAAUGACGCUGCUUUGGUUUCCCCAUCUCAGCCACAUGCAAGUGCGGCGUUCGGUGCAUUGAAGGAUUUUGGACUUCCUGGAUUGAAACUUCCUAUUUUACAAUCGGUGCAAGUCAAGCAGAGAACACUCACUAUACGACGAGGAGUCAAUGGUGAUUUUGGUUUCCUAAUACGACGGGCCCAAUAUCCACAACACGGUGUUCUCAAGACGGUUGUUUUUGUUGAACCAGCAGAAAUCAAACCAGGUCCACCGAGGCCCGACGAUAUCAAAAAUUCUCUUUUGCCUGGAGAUCAACUAGUGGAAAUUAACGGGCGAGGAGUUGACUCAUUGUCACGAGAUGAACUAAAUGAAAUGAUCAGACAAGCAGCUCAGGAUAUAGUGCUUACUGUACGUUCGGUUCCGGAGUUGGCUGAAUUUUCUGAUCGUCACCGAGGUGUACGGGACGCUGGCGAUAGUUUGCUUUUGACGAACAUUGACACGAAUGCUCAUGAGAACAUUCCGGAGGAUCAAAGAUAUUGGUUGAUCCACAAAGAUGGCUACACGGUAGCUCGACUACAGGAACAGUUCCCAGAUGGGCGAUUUGCCGUUUCAGUAGCAGGUAGAACUAUGACCGUGGACUCGACAGACAUUGAUCGUGCCAACCCAUCUAAACUCGAUCGUGCUCCUGAUUUAUCAAAUUUACGAUAUCUCAAUGAAACAGGAGUUGUGCAUCUUCUUCGACAACGGUGGGGGAGCAAUCUGACGCACACAAAUGCCGGAAGUAAUUCUUUGAUUUGUCUUUCGUUUGCUCAAGAACCUGGUGUACAAGAAAGACUGCUGACUCUUUUCAAGGGUUGUCGAAGGGGUCAAAUGCCUCCCCAUAUUUAUGCUACAGCUCAACAGGUCUACAGAUAUGUGCAAAUGACGGGCGCAGCACAGGCAGUGCUCUUCACUGGAGUCACCGGGAGUGGGAAAUCCAGUCAAUUUAAAUCAUUCAUCCAGUAUUUGGCAUCAGUCGCUGGUUGGACACGAAGCCUAUCACUUAGCAAAAUUUCGAGUGCCCUUGGAGUUCUGGAGGCUUUUGGUCAUGCUUCAACUCAUUUACACCGUGAUUCGACUCGUUUUUUGCACAUGUUCCAACUUGGUUUUGACAAAGCGGCCGCUUUAAGAUGUGCCAAAAUUCAAUGUUGCUUGUUAGACACCGACCGUAUUGCAAGAAAUAUUGAGGGUGAAAAUAACUUCCACGUCUUUUACUAUCUUUGGGAAGGGGCAGAUUCUACAUUGCGAUCUCGUUUGGGGCUCGAUUCAAUCGAAUCGCCUUUAAUAAAUCCAUUCCAUGAAAUUGAAGAUCGUGAGCAAGCCAAAGAGGCAUGGCAACGCUUAUUAGCUGCAUUCGCCGAGCUUGGUUUUACGAACUUACAAGUUGAUGCCAUUUGCUCGGUUUUGGGUGUCAUAUUUCACUUAUGCAGAGCAGAAGCCUCACCAGGGCCAGCACAAAGAGCUCAAUUCCUGAGAGCUGCACAUGCUAAACAAGCCGCUAAUCUGCUGGGUAUUAGUGAAAAUGAGCUGUCGAAUGCAGUUUUUCGACAAGGCACUUCUGCAUCGGUUGCAGCUGCAGUUGGGUCAUCUUUGAGUCGUUUUUCUUUGACAAGCCGUAGCGCAGAAGGUCCAGAUGCUUUGGGCUCUUUUUGCGCGACACUCUACAGUGAGCUCUUUGGUGUGAUAGUCGAUUCGAUCAACGGUGCCCUAUCGGCCAAUGUCCCUUGUACUUACGUUACGUUGGUGGAUCUACCUGGUACCAACUUUAAUGCCGCUUGGAUCGACGGUCCUAAACGACGAGCAUCGAAUUUGAAUGAUCUUGUGUACAAUUAUGUGAAUGAGAGAGUCGCUGAACUUUUCCACGAUAAAAAUUUUGCUGAAAUGGAUGAGAUUUAUACUCGCGAGCAAGUAGAGGUUGAAGUCGAUAAACCAGUUGGAUCGCCGCAUCUACUAAAUCGAUUGUUAGAUGAGAAACAGCAUUUGGCAAACUGUACGGAUCUUGAGCGAAGGGCUGAAGAAAGGCGAGGAAUUUUCUCGAUUAUUGAAGAGGAGAGUUGUUUCCCCGGCGCGACAGAUGAUAGCCUAAUCGAAAGGGUGUUCAUGCACCUUGGAGACCAAGCGAGAUUGAUACGACGCUCAAAUCGGCAAAGACAGUUUGUCCUGGCACAUGGCUUGGAUUCACAACCAACAACUUACGAUGUUACCGAUUGGAUUCGUCAAUCACAGCCUAGCGAUCCAUCGAUUGGGUUGAGAAAGCUACUGUUCUCUAGUGCAAGCCAAGAGAUCAGAAGUUUAUUCACAUCUAAUGGAUCAACAGCGAUUGAUUCAAAUCUCAAGUUGAGAAGAGCCACACAAUCCGUCACAAGCUUGGAAACAUCCGGUCUGCUUCGACGCCGCGAUCAUGGAUUUGCUGCCAAUUUGACCUAUCAAUUGGAUUACGUCUUCUCGUUACUUCGUCGCUCACCUCGAUCACAUUUUGUGCAUUGCAUUCAACCGACACCAAAUACCCUUUCGAACUCGCUGAUGUUGGGAUUAUCUGAUCCAGUCGAUGUCCCAUUUGUGCGCAGUCAAUUGAGGAGUUUACUUCUAAUCGAUUCUGUUCGUGCUAAUAAUCGAGGCUAUCCGGAACGAGUUUCUUUCCGCGAUUUCCGUCGACGUUUUGGUUGUCUCAUUGAAGAAAGUCGUGGGGAUGACACAAUUGAUGAUGCCAUUGACGAUCGAGCCGCUGUCCAAAAGAUUAUGGAGAAAAUGGAUAUUCAUCAACAUCGUUACCGCCUUGGAAUUAGUCAGGUCCUACUUCGAGCCGAGAUUCUGGGUGAAUUGGAAGAUCGCCGAGAUCUUUCACUAUCCGGACUUAUUUUGUCGUUUCAACGCGAGUGUCGACGUCAUUUGGCGGCACGAUGGUUGCAUAAAAGGCGUGUGCUAGAGACAGCCAUUCGUUGUAUUCAGAAAAAUGGACUGAGCUACAUGAAGGUUAGAGAAUGGAAUUGGUGGAGAAUUUAUACUCGUGUCUUGCCACUUCUUCCAGUGAAUAGAGUGGACGAUGCUCACAAAGAAUGGGCUGAGCGUGUUCAAAAGUUGGAGCACAUGCUGGCCGAAAUGCGCAAAGAAAAGUAUCGUUUGGAAAGCAGAUGCUCAGAAUUGGAUGAAGCCCUUGGAAGGGAAUCAGAUUCAGCAGUGCAAAUGCGACAAGAGCUGGAACGUGAAAAGCAGCAACGAGUUGUUGUAGAGCGGAAACUUGCCGAUGAGGAUCGAAUUUCUCGUGUCUCCUCUGUCGCCAAUUUGGAAUCAGUGGCUGCGCUUGAAGUGAAAGAACGCGAAUAUAAGGCCGAGGUGGAACGAGCUCAAGAAGAACUUGAAAACCAACGAGUUAAAACUCAGAAAACGGUGCAGCAACUUGCAGAGAUACGAGCAGAAAUGGAGGAGUUGAAUGCCAGAAAUGCCUCUUUGGAGAAAAAGCAGUCUCGAUUCGAUGAAGAGAUGAACUCUCAACAACUGCACUUAGAAGAACAGAAAAGAACUCGUGAACGUGCAGAUCGAGAAAAAGAUGAAGCUGUGCAGAAUCUCACCAGGAGAAAAGUCGAAAUUGAUGAACUAAAAGCCGAGAAUCAAGAACUACGCACAAGUGCAAGUCGUUUGCGAAGAGAAAUCGAAGAGACCCAAGAAAAGGGCCAGGCCACGGACGUUGUUGAAUUAACACAACUGCGAAAAGCCAAGCGUGAUUUUGAAGCAAAGAUUCACGAUCAAGAAGAAGAGCUUGAUGAUCUAGCCGGACAAAGACAAUUAUUGCAACAAAACGUUACCCGACUUGAAAUGCAACUUGAGCGAAUAAAGAAUGAUCAAUCCAGGGAUUCCACUGCUCGAGACACCGAAACUGAGGAGCUCAGGGCACAAUAUCAAAGAAGGGUGCGUGCAUUUGAAGAUCAAAUCGCAGAUCUCCAAGACACGAAUGCUGGUCUUUUGAAACAAAAUCGAGCUUUUGAACAACGGAUGCGCAAUUUUGAUUCUCAAUCCGUCAGCUUCGAGCUUUCUGGUGGGCACUACAAACGGGAGCUUCGCAAAGCUUUGGCUCUUCUGGCGGACACGCAGGCUGUGCUGGCUCACGAAAGAGAAAACAAUGGUGGACAAGCUUUGAUUCGACAGCUCAGAGAACAGUUGGAGGAUGCAGAAGCAGCCAAACUCUCCGCUUUGAAGGGGCGCCAUGGUCUUGAAUCAGAGUUAAAUGAACUACACACACAGAUUGAGCAACUGCUUGCUGCUAAAUCGGCAGCCGAAGAAAAAGUCCUCGCUUUGAUGAGGGAAAGAAAUCGAGGACUCGCCAUAAUUGAUGAUCGAGAUGAAGAACUGCAACAACUACUGAAAAAGUACAAGGAGGCCGUUCAACAAGGACAUAUCGAUGGAAUUUCAAUUGCUGAUUAUGUCGAACAGAUUGCUGAUCUCGAACGCUCAAAGCAAAAGUUGACUGAACAGCUCAAUGAAAAAACCUCUCAAUUGGAGUUUUUGGAACAACACACCGUUGAAAGGCACAAGUUGAUUUUGGCAGAACAGAAGGCUGAACACCUUGAGGCAAAACUCGAUUUAGAGAUUGUGAUUCGACAACGAUUAGAGUCAAACAUCAAUCGAUUGACAGAUGAAUUGGAAUCGCUAACAGAAAAACUCUCUGAGGCAUCCAGUGCUCGAGAUCGUGAAAUAGAGAAUGUGAAGAAAGUGAGAAAGGAACUAGUUGUCUCGCAAGAAUCGGUGGAAAUGAUCAAGAAGCGCGAUACGGAAAUUCAUCAUCGAUUAAAACAACAACGUGAUGAGAAUGAAACAUUAGAAGAGAAGCUUCGUCAAGCGCAAUCCGAAGUGAAAGCCAGUGCAAAACGAAUCGAGGCUUUACAAGCAGCUUUGGCUGACGGGUUGGCCGACUCGGAUCAGAAUUUGUCGAUUGUCGAAGAAGAAGUUGAAGAUUUCGAACACGAUGGAUCCAAACUGAUCAAUCACAUUGAAGAGAGUCCCAAUGGAAUGAACAUCUUG